GUUUCCACAGCAACCUCGCCCCUCCCUUUGGCUUGCAGGGGAGGUGUUUUGAAAGUUCACAGCGUGUUUGUGCCUGUGUGUGAGUGUGUGAGUGUGUGUGGAGAGGGAAAGAUAGAAAGGGGCGUGGAUGCUGAAGUAAGAUAAAGAAGUAAAACACUCUGCCUGCACUUCUGAGCUGGAGCAAGUGACAGCAGCAUCACAGAGCGAGUAGAAGAGCUUCUUUUUCUUUGUGUUUGAGGUGAUUUAUCCAUCAGAGAGGGACAUCUGACCACCUGUGGACCAUGGAAGAAGACGCGCCCCGCGCCGAGCAGAGCAGCGUCUCUGGCAGCACCCACACCAUCCCAUCGCAGCCCGAGAACCCGGAGCUCCUCAUCCCGAGCUUCAGCCCGUCCUCCGCCCCGUCCUCUCCGACCCCUACCAGCACCCUGUCCCGCAUGGGCUUCAAAGGUCUCACCAGCCCGUCCUCAGUCGUGCCGGGCAGCCCCGUAGACCGCGGCCAGGUGAGCGCCAUCACCGUGGUGGCGCUGCUGGACAAACUGGUGAACAUGCUGGAGGCCGUGCAGGAGAACCAGCACCGCAUGGAGCAGCGGCAAGCAGACCUGGAGGGUGCAGUAAAGGUGGUGCAGGGCGAUGUCACCCGUCUGUCCAAGACCCACGUCAGCACCUCCAACAGCGUCAGCAAGCUGCUCGAGCGCUCCCGCAAAGUGAGCGGCCACCUGAAGGACGUGAGGGAGCGCAUGGACAAACAGGCGGUCCAGGUGAAGAAGCUGGAGGCGAACCACAACCACCUGCUGAAGAGGAACCACUUUAAAGUGCUCAUCUUCCAGGAAGACAACGAGAUCCCAGCCAGUGUGAUGGUCAAAGACUCCCUCAAGACCCCGCAACCAAGCCAGUAUGAUGCAGAAUCCACCCAUCCUACUCCAUCUAUUGCUGGCUCUGUUGAUUGCAGCCGCACUGGAGAGGAGGGUCUUCAGACCAUUAGUCUAUCCUCUGAUGAAGAUGAGACUCUUACCACUCACAACGAGGGAGAUGAGCUGUAUGUGUGUGAGGAAGGAGUUGGUUUAGGCCCUUCUCGACCAUAUGAGAGAAGGGCUGAAAAAUUCAAGCGCUCCAGCCUGAAGAAGGUUGAUAGCCUCAAGAAGGCCUUCUCCCGCCAGAGCCUCGAGAAGAAGAUGACCCAGAUCUCCACCAAGAUCGUUCCACCAGAGAAGCGUGACAAAAUCAAGAAGAGCCUCACCCCUAACCAUCCCAAGAGCCCGACUGCCAAGAGUUCUUCCUUCAAAGUGUCUCCCAUGACCUUCAACGUGAAGAAGGUCAGAGAUGGGGAAGUUCCCACACAAGAAGUGGCCUCACCUGAGGGAGAAGCCCAUGUGGAGAUUCCUACUAUGGAUAGCUUUGAUGGAGAGAUUCCCCUAGCAGAGGUGCACACCCAAGAGGGCAUGGUGGAGGAAAUUCAGGAGAUGCUUCGUCCUUCCACCCCAGAUAGUAUGAAGGCCGGGCUGGCUAUCAAUGGUGAGGCUCCCAGCAUGGAAUGUGAGAUAAAUGGUGAUCGCUCUGCGGGCCUGGCAGUGCCAGAAAAUGAUGAAAUUAUUGGGGAGGAUGAAGAGGAGGACGAAGAAGCAAAACACAAAAGCCCUGUUGAGAAAGCAGCAGAUGCCCAGAUGCCCACAGCAACGGUUGCUGUAGAGCAAGUGUCUUAAUAUGUUUGAUUGUAGCAAGCAUCAACUCUAGUUUCCAGAUCUUUCUUUUUCUCCCAAAAGUUCUACAUUUUUGGAGAGACAGCCGGCCUACAUUGUUCUCGAUUUCACAGUUCCUUGCUCAUUACCCAUAGUUAUCGUCACCACACACCCCUGUACACUACAUGCACCCGUUUACACUUGAAGCACCCUCUGGUAGUCCAUCCUUGGACCCAAUAGCUUGAUUCAUCCGUUCUUGGACCAACAUGCUCGAGUGGUGCAUCCCUGGACCAACUUACUCUUGUCCAUCUGAGGAUCAACAUACUUGAGAUGCCCAUCCGAGAACCACCCUGUAACACUUCCUUUGAUCAUCACCAGCCUGGUCUAAAAGUCUUGGGAGAGUCUACACAAGCAUGGUUUGCUACUAGACCUCACAGAGCACCAGAACCCAGUGCACGUGCUUCCUAAACCCUGCAGAGGAGUCCAAGGCAAGCAGCAUUACGCCAGUACACCAUAACUCAUUCCAACUAACGGGUGCCCACCUCUUCAAUAGCAGCACAUCUCCAGGGCGCUGGGCCAACUAUCUCCCUCCUGCUCUGUUUGUCUGUCUCUGGAGCCCUCUUCCUCACUGACAAAUAGCCCCUUUGUUCUUUGUGUUUUUUUGUGAAAAAUAGUAAAUCUUUGGCAACAGCGGCUCUGCCCAAAGCCUGUUUGAGGCAGUGUGUUGCCUGGUUGUGCAACAGUUGGAAUGGGGAGUUUCUGGGCUUAAAUUAAGAAGAUCCUGGGGUGUUUUGUAGCGGACUAGAGGUUGUUUACUGAACUCUUUAGACCUGUGCAGAAAAAGCCCAAAUCUUAACUAACAGGUGACUGUACUCCAGUUGUCCAAGUGGCUCUGUCUUCAAUUACUUCUUUUGGGAUGUCGAGUUUGUCAUUCAUGAUUUGACAACUGACCUAGAACAGUAUACGCUGUAUGUGGGAAAUCAAAGUACUUUACUUUGUGAUUACCAAUAAAGUCACGAUGAACCCACACGGGACUGAAAAUUAUAAAAAAAAUAAUCAUUUUAAAUGGUAUUCUUUGGAUGUUGUAGAUCACACAAAUCAAAUUGAAUGAAAAGUAAAUAGAAAUGUAUUUCAAAUAACCAGUUAACAAGUUUGUGUUCAAUCGUACUGACACAAUUGAAGGACACCGAUACAGAUUGGAAGCUGCCCUAGAUGAUCAGACAUUAGUGAAAUCAAUAAAUCUACUGACGGUAAUAAUGAUGCUCUAAAUAUGACUUGUUCUGCCCUCUGUCUCGUCUGCAGGGCAACCUUUUAUGUUUAUGUACAGGAAUAAUUGUGUCUCUUUCUAUGUUAGGCCACACUGCUCUCUAUGUAUUCAGAGCACAUACACCUUAAGUUAGUCACUUUAUGAUAACUGCCUUGAGUGUGUGUACUUUAUAAAGUAUCAUCUGCAUCUUUAAUUUUUUUCUUGAGUUACAUUAUGAAACGUUGGUGUUUUUUUCUUUUAGGCCUCCACUGAUCACACAGAUCACAUGUGAAAUGUUUCCUCUGUUUUAUGUGUUUAAGACAGAAACAGUAUCAGGGCUCCAUCACUAAAUGACCUCCUCCUCAAUGCAAACACAUAUUUCUUCAGUGCCUUCACCAUGCACAAGCUGGCAUGAGUGGUUUCACUCCUGAGAGGAAGGAUUCCUAUCUUUUGGUAGAUUUGAGUGAUAGUGCACAUACCUGGAUGCAUGCUUGUUUUACAUCUCCGGAGGAGACAGAGUUGAUACCAGCAACAUAGAAACAAAUAGUUUAGGCUUGAAUAAAGUGCGUAUUCAUUCACAAGAAACCUCAGAUUUUGAAGUUUCUAAAAAGUGUCCUUAGUGUUGUUGCACAUCUAUAGUGCAAUCUUAGCCUUAGUUAGAGAUACCAUAACUCCCUUUAAAUAAUCUAGUGAGAGAUACCGGGUGCCAGGUAUCCAGAUACAAGAGAGGUCAGAGAGAUGGAUUAAGGUAGAGGACAACAUUCCUAGAUUUGACUGAUGACUCCUGUCUGGACCAUUUUUCAUGGUCUUGGCCCUCCUUGUUGAGACAGGGUGGAGCCACAGGUGUUCUGCCCCUGUGGAGGCUCCUGGGCAUGAGUUUUUGGUGGAAGGGGGGGAGGAGUGUUGGUGUUGGAAGUGUAAGAGAGGACAGCAGUUAUUGGAGAGGAUGAUAAAAAAAAACUCUAUCAAAGUUGCCUCAGGGUUUGGCAAAUGCACAGCUUGGCAGAAAGAAGUUGAAAUUGUUAACGUCUUGAAAUGCAUUGUAGGCGAGUUUACAUACCAAUACCUAGCUCUGCAGGAUUCCUAUACCUGUACUCUAUAACAUUCACUAUACUUUAGAUGGAACAAUGGGUUAUGAGUGAGAGGACCCAGAUGUUUUUUAAGGGUUUUUUUUUCGGCUAUGCAAUAUCACAUACUUUACUGAGGUCUAGUAAACAGGAGGAAAUCUGUGCACAUGAAUAGCAUACAUAUUUCCUACAGCCUUAUAUUACUUCAUGUCUUACACAAACAUACCUGCCAGUUUACUUAAUAAGAACUGUAGGGAGAAUAUCAAUAAUUACACAUAACUGAUUGUUAAAGCUUGUUUACUGUGUUGAAUGUGUUUAGUCUGCUUUCUUCUUUUGAUUCUUCUUCGUACAAAUCGUCUCACUGAAAAGGGAUGGAACACUAGGCUUAUUGUGUACAUUAUGUGUACUUUAGAGGUUAAAAUGUGACUUGCUUUGACUUAUCUCUGCCUAAUCAAGCAAAUGUAUUACUUUGGUGAUACUGCUCUCUGCUAAUGUUGCUAACUAAAAAUGUAUCCAGAUUUGUUUAAAAAUGUUAUUUUGUUGUCUUGAAAUGAUCGUGUUUAAUGUAGGUCAUAUGUGAAAACUAUUUCCUGUUGUUAGAGACGCCUCAUAUUCUACAGGAUAACCAGGUAGAAAUGUUUAACAUCAUCUUUGUUGAGAAAAGUUCCUUCUUCAUGACCGUUCCCUUAGUUAACCCCUUAAACCAAAGAAGUUUCCUUCACAGCAGAAGAUUCCCUGCCACUUGAGUGUUAAUGUACUCCUUCUGACACCUCUUUUAAACAUGCAGGCAUUUCCUUUCAAAAUUCUAGUACUGUCAGUAUCAAUAAAGAUUUUAUAACAUUCA